AUGGGGAACAACGGCAGCUCCGCUCCCUCCUUUGAAUUCGAGAAGAAUUCGAUUGCAAGAAACCAGACGCAGGCCAAUGUGCCUGUUGUUGAGCGUCGGGUGUUGGCCGUGCGGGGUGGCAGCGGCGCCACGCAGAGUUUCUCGAGUCCUUUGUUAAUACCGCUUCGCUGCGACACAACAGCAGCAGCAGCAGCGGCAGCAGGCAGUAGCAGCAGCAGCAGCAGCACACCUCCUGUGGAGGAGGAGGUGGAAGGCGGACGAGCUGUGGCAGUGCGGCGCCCCUGCUGCGCUGCUGCAGCAGCUGCUGCUGCCCCGCUGCUGUUGGGUCCAGCAGACGGUUUGCGGCUUGAGGACGAGGAUUUGCAGGAAGAUGCUGCUGCAGCUGUUGCUGCAGCAGCAGCGGGGGGCCGCAGCGGUGUUGCCAGCUGCAGCGCGUGCAGCAGUUGCAGGAACUUGGCUCUUGGGGGCAUCGCGGCAGCCUCCGUCUUGCCUCUCGAAGCAGCAGCAGCAGCGCAGCAGCAGGACCAGCACCUUGCUGCUGGUACGUGCUUUGGUGUCCCUCCUCCUUCCCGGGGCCUCAGCAGCAGCAGCCGCAGCAGCAGUGAAGGCACAGCAGCGGAGGCGUUUAUGUACAACUCGGAUUUGCUGCCAGCAGCAGCGGCGCCUUCGGGGGGGUUGCUGACAGCUCAGCCGCAGCCAGCAGCAGCAGCAGCAGGCCUUAGCGCUUUUGCGGGUGAGUGUGCACGCUGUUCUGCUGUUUUCGACGGGGGGGAUGCAGGAGACGCACGAGGAGGAGCAGCAGAGCAUCGAUCGUCAGCAGCAGGGGCUGCUGCUGCCCCUCCUGGUGCUGGUGCUGUUUGCGGCGACGCGGCUUUGACGGACAGCGGCGAGAGCGCUUUCGGGCAAGGUGGCGGCGGCAGCAGCAGUGGCCAUGGCCCUGGGAACACGUCACUUUGUACCGGUUGCACCGGCAGUUGCAGCGGCAGCAGUAGUAGCAGCAGCAGCAGCAUGGGCGAUGUAGGCAGUGGAAUUGGAAUGUAUCGUUCUGUUGGUACCCCUGGCGUGUGCAGCAGCGGUGCUGGAGGUCGUCUGAGCCUCAACAACAACAACGCAAGCAGCAGCAACAACAACACAAGCAGCAGUAAUACCAGUGGCACUGCUAUCGGCAGCGUGGGCGUGUGCGGACUGGCGAGCAGCAGCAGCAGCAGCAGCAGCAGUACCAACCAGAACAGCAGUAACAACAGCAGCGGUAUUAGUAGUAGUGGUGGCAAUGGUGGCAGUAGUAGUAAUGGUGGAGGGGCUUUGGGAAGUUUAGGGGGUUUAGGAGGUUUGGGUGUAUCUGAAGGCCAAGGUGUGGAGUUUGAAGUUCGGAAUUUCUGGAAGGUUGCAAAGACGCAUAACGAUCUUGAAUCUCCUGCAUUGGGCUGUUGCAGAGGAUUUGUAUUUCGCCUUCUCUUACACCCGAGGGGUACUGCAGGGACAGACUCUGAGGCAUCCCAUUUGUCUGUUUUCUUGGAGGCUGUGAAGCAGAGUUGGUAUCCGGAGGACUGGGUCUUCCCGAAUGUGCGCUUCGAGUUAACAGUCGUCAACUUCCGUGAUCCAAAACAAAGUAUUACCUCCUGGGCACAUUGGUCAUUCAGCGCAGAGGCAACAAGUAGAGGCUGGCAAAAGAUGCUCCCCCAUGCACGGCUUACUCGCCAAAGCGGCUUCUUGAGUGAAGACGGCGCUGUCCUUGUAAGAGGAAGGGCAGAACCUCCUUUUGCUUGUUUAUGGUCAAAAGGCCCCACGUACAGACCCCACAGAGCUUGGGAAUAUAUUCCUGAGAGAGCGGCCAAAACUCUCGACCAUGUUUCUUCUUCGGCGUCGCUAGCGGCAGCAGCGGCAGCUGCUGCCGCUGCUGCGAACCUCAUGAAUCCUGACCAGCAGCAGCAACAGCAGUCUGCAGCUGGGGCUGCUGCAAGGCCCCAGCAGCAGCUUGCUGGCGGCAAUAUACCCAAACCGACUUCUCCAAACCCCACCAGUCUACUCUCCUACCUUGAACCGCUCGUCCCUUCGCUACAACCUGCACUCGGUGCAGACUGUGUAGCGCUCUUUGUGCAUUGUUUGUUUCAUUUGGGGGAAUUCCGCCGCCAGAUUUUACGUUGGGGGACAGAGAAGAUUACUGCUCCUUCUGUUGCGGCUCUUCAUGAGGAUCCUUCUUUGGCUUCUACGAUUCCGAGUUUUAUUGAUGGCACUUUAAUCGGGGCUCUACAGCAUACAUUUGCUUAUAUGCUUCUGUGGCCAGUAGCUGUUGCAUGCAAGCGAUUUCAGCAGCUUGCUGCUGCUGGAUGUGCUGCAGCAGAUGCUUGGUCGUCGGAGGUUUUCCGUUGGUAUGGUGCAGAGCUCUUUCCUAAAGGAGCUGCUACCCCAUUUAGAAGAGAAGCAGCGUUGCCUUUCGGAUUCCCUAGCAGCAGCAGCAGCAGUAGCAGCAGCAGCAGCAGAAAAUCCAGCUUUUGUUUCUUCUGCCAGAAAUGCUUCUGCUGUUGCAAGUGCCACCAUCCUUCCUCUCCAUUCCUCCUGCGCACUGCAGCACAACUCCAUAUGCAGUCUGUACACUCAACAGCCGCAACACCACCACCAGCACCACCUCCACCAGCAGCAGCAGCGGGAGCGGCAGCGGCACCUGCUGCAGCUGGAGCUGCACUUCCACAGGCCACCUCGGGCACCAACACCGCCAGCAGCAGCAGCAGCAGCAGGCCGGCUUGUGCGGGGGAAGGCUGUUGUUAUCGCGACGGCUUCGGCGAUUGUUUGGAUUUGGCAGCCGGUGGAGGCGAAGAUGCUCUUUGUCUCUGUUGCGACUUAAUCGACAGACAUCCGGAGGUGAUGGCUUCUCUGCCCCCUCCUCCAUCAACUCGCUCUAUUUUGAGGGCUCUCCAUUUGCAUGACUUGCAAAAGAUUGAAUCGAACGACCCGCUCGUGCGAGUCCACACAGAGCUGUUUUCCCUCCUAAUGAGGGAAAUUGCCAAAACUAGCCUCGAAGAAAGAGCGCAGCAGCGGGAGCAGCAGCAGCGGGAGCAGCAGCAGCGGGAACAGCAACAGCAGGAGCAGUUCGAGCAUGACACCCCGGAUCAACAUCCUGGCAUACACAGCGCAAACACCAGUAGCAGCAGCAGCAGCUGUUGCGGCAACAACAUGUGGGAGAAUGAAGGGGUGCCAUACAGUUCUUGCGAUCAUUUGGAAGCGACUUGCCACGAACUUUUCUGUUCCUCCGAUCGGUCAAUCGGCCUCAUGGCACCGGAUGGAAGCCCCGAUAUUUCUGCCUCAUUUACGCGUUGUCGACACAUUCAUUCUUUGCCUCGAGCUUUGGAGAGUUGUGGCCGCCCUUUUCAUCAUUAUCCGGAGGUUUUGUUUAUUUACUUGCAGUCUCCUAAACAAGCAAAGAAAGGAGAGUUGUUUGAUGCUCCUCUUCGCUUAGAUGCCCAAGGGCUGCUGCAGCUGCGAGCUGCUUCCAGUCCAAACCCCGCUGGAGCUCCUGCUGCACCACCUGCUCCUGCGGCUCCUUCUGCUGCCCAGAUGCACAGUGCUGCAGCAUCAUCUCAUGGUGCGGCGCCCCCCGCUGCUGCUGCAGAUCCCACGGCAGGGGCAGCGGGGGCGCCAGUCGACGCCUCACUGGCUUCUCCGGUUGAUGGAACGGGAGGAGGAGCAGCAGUUGGCAGCGGCAGCACGCGUCCUGUGCUUUCUGCUGCUGCUCCUUGGGCUCGAGUAAAACAAAAGAAACGACUGCGGCAUCGCAUGCAGCAGUCGCGGCGGCAGCAGCAGCAGCGUUGCAGUGUGGAUGAUCGGGAGAGCGGUGAUUCUCAGUCCGACUUUUCCGACGAAGAAAAAGCAGCAGCAACGACAGCACCAGCUGCAGCUUCUUCUGCUGCAGGCGAAGGCGAUGGUUGGGGAAGCCCCACGGGUUCGAGUGCCGGUUGCGGCCCAACUCCUCCCACCCCAACCCCAACCCCUACCCCCAAUAGUAGUAGUAAUAGCAGCAGCAGCAGCAGUAGCAGCAGCAGCAACAGCGGAUGCGGGUUGGUUGGGAAGGGAAUGGGAAAUGUUUGCGGAGGAGGGGAGAAGUGGUACUCUCUGUUUGCCUUGUUUUUACGUGAGGGAGAAAGCAGGGGAGACAGUGGAGGAUGUGGGGGCUCUUACUCGCUGCUGCUGCGCCCAGAAGAGGACGGACCAUGGUUUCGAAUAGCGGGGGGCAGAGUAGAGCGCCUCUGCUCGGGUGUUGAGUUUACAGAGUGGAAAUGUCAUAGAGAUUUCUUCUGCGGGGGUGCAAUUUAUAUGGCAGAAGAUUAUAUUGAUGCCAUUCAAGCUGGAGAUAUUCAAGCCGGUGUUGAUAUCAAGCAGCUCAACCCUUGGCUGUAUUAUAGGGUUCUAUAUGAGCUCGGAGUUACGGAGGCCGAAAUCAAACGACCUUGGCUCAUCCCACAGCAGCAACAGCAGCAACAGCAACAGCAGCAGCAGCAACAACAGAGGCAAAUGCAGACACACACGACGCAGCAGAGUGCGACAUCUGUUCGUAGAGAUACACAUGGGUCUACUGCCACAGCAACAACGGCAGCGGAUCCAACAGCAGCAGCACCUGCUGCUGCAGAUGCAGAUGCAGGAACGAAGCGGACAGACGGAUCUCCCCAGCAGCCUGCAGCCGAAUCUGCAGAGCCUGAGGCAAAAACUGCAACAGCACCUGCAGCACCAGCAGCUGAGGAAAAGGGGGCAAUAACAGCAGCAGGGGAAACCGAUGCCGUGCUAACUGCGCAACCCGCACUCUCACCAACUGCUGCUCCAGAUGCUGCAGAUGAGACUGCAGGCGAUGGUGCAUGGGAUCAACCUCCCGCAGCAUCGGCAGCAGCAACUGCAGGUUUGACAGCAACAGCAGGAGCACCAGCUGCUGGAGGUGCAGCAGCAUCAGCCGAUGCAGUAGAUGCAACAGCAACAGCAACAGCAGUAGAUGCAAAUGCAGAUGCAGCACCAGCAGCACCGGAUGUCGACAGGCGGUCUGUUGUGAGUGAAGCUCGUCUUCGGGUGUUUCGUCCAUUGGCUGCUUGGUUGCUUGAAGUUGUGCAAGAGAGGGCGCGGUUGGCUGCAGCAAUUGCGCUGGCAUCGGAACAGCAGCAGCAGCAGCAGGAACAGCUACAGCUGCAGCUGCAGCUGCAACAGCAGGAAGUUGAAGGGCUUUCGGACCAAGCCGCAGCGGAGCAGCACCUGCAGCAGCUGCAGCAACUGCAGCAGCUGCAGCAGCUGCAGCAGGAGCAAGAUCGAGAGAACAAAGCAGCAGCAAUUCGGGAGCUUUGCCGUGUGGAAGAGGAAGAGCUGCUGGUGCUGCAGGAGCUGCGCUUUGCAAUGGCUGGUCUACUGCUCGAUGAGUUUAUAGAUGGAUUCUGCCCGCAGCCAGCAGCAGCAGCUCCAGAAACAGCAGGAGCGGCAUCUGACGCAGCAGCGCCACCGACAGCAACAGCAUCAUCAUCUACUGCUGCAGCAGCAGGAGGCAGGGGCGGGGAGCAGUCUUGGGUUGCAUCUUCCCCUCAGUGCUAUGGACUUAUAAACUCUGAAGGGAAGCUGCUGCUGAGCGAUGCAGCAAAUCUGUUGGGUGGACCAAUCUCGAGGCUACUAGAGACCAUUGCCUCACUUGCAAAGGAGGCUGCGGUGUACCUGCAGGCCAUUCACAUCCGCGCUGCACGCAUGCAGCAACAGCAACAACAACAGCAGCAACAGGAACAACAGCAGCAGCAGCGGCGGAGACGGAGACGGGACCAGCAGGAUGAGGAGGAGAAGGGGGUCCCUGCUACUGCUGGCGCAGCAGGUGAUGCAGGUGCAGAGGCGGGAGCGAACUGGAAACUGCCUUUGGGCCAAUCGACUGCAGGAGGAGCAGCAGGAGCAGCAGCGGAUGACGUAUUGAAUUUGGACUUUGAGGGUAGUGGUGGUGAGGUGUCUGCCUCUGUUGCUCAUCAGGCAGUAGUAGCGCGUUUGUACGACUUGUGGCGCUGCUGCUGCUCUAGUGGGGCGGAGGCAGCAGCAAUUCUGUCGUCUCCUCAUGGCUGCGAUUCUGCCGCCUCUGCGCUACCCUUCUCCUUAGCCUUCAGCGCAGCAGCAGCAGCCGCAGCGGCGGCUGCAGCAGCAGCUGCUGAUGGUGGGGGUGGUGCUAGUGGUGGUUCUUCGGCUGCCGCUGGGGCAGUUCCUGCUGCGGCUCCUACGGCAGCAGAAGCUGCAGCAGCAGCUGCCGCCGCCGCAGCAGCAGGCGCGCUACGACCCACGCAGGUGCUGCUCGCGUUAGCCCAUGCAAGCGACACAGCCGUGUACGUACCUCUUUGUGGCUUGGACGACACUCUCGAUGCUGUUGCUCGGCUGCGGCUGCUGCUAGGGCCUCUGCCCUCGCUGCAGUUCAUGCGCCAGGCGCUGCAGCAGCAGCGCAUAGUUACUGCAUACCUGCACAGGCCGCAGGAGAUUGUAGCUGCCUACUUUGCUGUCUUCGGGACAGAGCAGCAGAAAGAACUGUUGAAGACAGAAGCAGCACAGAUCUUGAGGCUCCCUUGCCUCACCCAUCCUCUCAGGAAGCCCUCUAACACCGCCCACACCACCAGCACCAGCGGCAGCAGCAGCAGUAGUGCCAGCAGCUGCAGUGGUAAGAGGCGGAGAGGAGGCGAAGGUUGUACAUGCUGCGCCUCUCUGCCUGCCGCUGUAAGCGAUGCCUUGGCGACUGCGUUGGCUGUCGCUCUUCGGUGCCGUGCAGCAGCAGAGAGGCAGGAAGAGAUUGAACAAAUAAAACAGCUACUGGCAGCACAGGCUAUUGCUAUUACGCUUGCAUUAGAGAAGGAUGCUGCAUGCCUCUGCUCUCCCGUACACCUGUCGGACAGUUGUAGUUGCGCUGCUGCAGCAGACGAUGCCCAUGAGGACGAUGCCGAUGUUAAUCGUGCUGAAAAGAGCUCAUCAGCAGCCAGCGGAGACGCAGGUGUCGACCACAGCAGCAACGCCACGCCCUCGAGCAGCAGCAGCGAUGCUCCGGUUGGCGUAGGUGGAAGGCCCUCAGCAGCAGGAACAGCAGCGGCAGGGUCAGUUGUAGCAGCAGCAGGAGGUGGUGGACGUCGGCGGAAGGCGGCGCGUGGCUCGAGCCCGUCAGCGGGUCUGGGUUUGGGUAUGCCUCCUCUAUUGGACCUGUUGUUGCCUUCGAUUGUUUUCAGCCAAGCAGCAGCAGCUACAGCAGAUCCGCGCAUAUUUCUGCUGUCUAUACAUUCGACGCUGGUGCCGCAGCGGCCUUUCUCAGGCCGAGAUCUCGGGCCCCAUCACACCUCCUCGAGGGUGAGGCAGCAGCAGCCGGAGCUCGAUUUCUCCCCAGAUGGCCUGUGCAGGCGGUCCGCUGCAGCAGCUGCUGCUGUUGCUGCUGCUGCUAUAGGGUCGGAUGGCCCGCCGGCAGGGGCAUGCCGAGGGGGGAUGCGUUUUGGGGGACAGGCCUUCGACGCGUACACCAGCGGCAGCAGCAGCAACAGCGCAGCAGCUGCGGCGGCAGCAGCAGCAUUGGGACCUUUCGGCGGCGGCACAGUUGCUGGUUUGUUGCCGUUUACAUGCACUGCUCCGGGAGGAUACCGCAGCGCUGGUGCCGCUGCUGCUGCCGCUGCCGCCGCCGCCGCAGCAGCAGCAGCAGCUGAGGUCGAACCAGAGCUGGUGGAAGUAGGGAUUGUCGUUGCAGCAGAUUUAGAAGGCUUAGAGGGAUUUUGCAUUGAGGACAAUUUGUUGCCGAGGCAAAGGCUUGUCUUAAGGAGGAGAGACAGCGCAGGUUUUCCUCUUACAGUCCGUCGUCUCUAUUGUGCGCUAAGAAGAAUAAUUCUCUCUCAGCUUGCUGCUGCUGCUUCUGUUGCAGCUGUCCCUGCAGAUGCCACAGCCGCCCUCCGCAACAGCAGCAGCAGCAAUAUGGAUGAGUUGUGGGGAUGUGUUUCUGCUGUACGUGGCCAAGCGGCGGAAGAAUUAUGCAACGAAGACUCCAGUUUUGUAUUCAAGCCCUCGGCUGUCGAUUCGUUUCUUCUGUUUGCCCUUCGACCAGAUAAUGACCCCUCAAGAAAGGGCCGUCGGCGAUUUGUGCAAAUGGAUCCCAACGAUCCGGUGGAGGCGUACAUCGAUCACCGGAGACUGCUGCUGGAUGCUGCAGCGCCGGAUGUGACGGUGUUAAUAAUGGGCGUGCCUCCUCGCAGCAGCAGCGGCAAUACUAAUAAUAGUAGCAGUGCUAAUAGCGGGUUAGGUGGUGGUUUCCCUCCUGAAGACACAGGCGAAAGGCCGCUGCUGCUCUUCAAGUGGUUCUGUCCUGAGACGGUAAACUUAGUGUGCUUGGGGGCUCUUAUUUGCGACGCGAAGCAGCAGCUGCAGCAAUAUGUGCUGCAGUGGGUUCUGCCUCGUGCUGCUCGUAGCGGCCUGUUGACGCAGCAGCAGCAGCAGCAGUUUGCUGCAGAUCCCGACGCGCUGGUUGUAAUGGAAGAAUGCCAACAGCGCACUGUACAAAACAUUAGAAGAUGGGCUUGUGCAAUUAAGAAGAUUAAUAAAAAGACGGGAGACAUUAUUAUUAUACAACCGAGAGUCAACAUUGAGUCCCCUGCCUCUAUUAGGCAGAGAGAGGCGUCUGCUCUCCUAGACAGAGUUUGGGCAUUCGAGGGUGCUGCUGAUACAGCUGCUAUAACACUCCCUGCUGCUAUGCCGCCAAAUGCUGCUUCCACCGCUUCCUCUUCAGCAGCUGCUACGGAGCCCGCCAAUGCGGCUGCAGCAGUAGCAGCAGUAGCAGCUGCUGCUGCAAACGCCUUCCGAGCAUUGGUCCCCAACGGAACUGUCGGAUCUGGCCUGUUCGCAGGUCCUGGAGGACGCGGGGCAGCAGCUGCAGCAGCAGAUGCCGCAGAGGAGGAAGGUGCAGGAGGUCGCCGCCGCAAAAAGAAGACAAAGAAGGCCCCAUUAAGACAGGCUAUCCCUACAAACAAGAAAAGCGUCAUCGCAAAGCUAGCAGAGGACAGCAGAAGAGCAGAGAAAGAAGACGGAGAAAAGAUUGAGCAGACGACAUUCAACUCACCAACGGAAGAUGCUGCGGCAGCGGCAACUCCUAGUGCUCCUGUUGCUCUUUCUUCUGAAAGAAAAGCUCAAACGGAUGCUCCUAAACGAGGCUCCGGGUCGCCGGCAGCUGGUGGGGCACCAAAAGCAAAGGCAGCAGCACUAGCUACUGCUACUGCUCCAUCGGCAGAUCAGGACGCAGCAACCGAUGCCACGAAAGGAACAGCAACGAAAUCAGCAACGGCCAAAACAGCAGCAGCAGCAUCGGGCCCGUCACCAGAACCGCAGUCUGGCCGGAACAAAAGGCAGCAACAACAACAGCAACAGCAGCAGCAGGCGGCAGUAGAGGGUCGAAACAAAGUUAAGGAGACGCCUAAAACUGUUGCUGCAGCGUCUGUCAAGGCGCAGGACAAGAAGCAAGCAACAGCAGCAGCAGCUCCAGCUACCGCUGCAAGUUCACAGCAGCAUCUGCGGACCCCAGCAGCAAAGGCAGCAGCAGGAGAGGACGAUGCAACAGCAGAUCUCAAGAAACAGAAGGAGAAAGCCCUUCAGCAGCAGAAGCGCGUCGGUGCUGCUGCUUCCGCAACACCGGAGUCCGGAUCUGCAGCAGCAGCUACGGGCACCCCACAGGUUGAUCAAGCGGCAGCAGCAGGAAAGAAGGGUACAGCAGCAGCAGGAGCACAGAAACCUCGCGACACAGAAACUCAGAAGCGCGGUGCCUCAUCAGCUUCUCCAUCUGCGGGGACAACAGCAACUGCAGAAGCAGCAGGACCAGCAACAACAGCAGCAGCCGCUGCCCCUGGAAGUCCGCAACCUCCAUUGGGGCCCAAGGCAGCUCGAGGGGCUACGCAACGCCAGCAGCAGCAGGAGAAGCAGCAGGAGCCUGCGGAUUCAGCAACAGCAGAAGAGGGAGUUGAUGCAGGAGCACCUCUGUCUCCUUUGUCAUCGGACGCAGCAGCAGCAUCAGCAGCUGCAGAGCUGCCACACCGGCAUUUGCUGCAGCCGCAGAGCCUGGAGAUGCUGCAGCGGCUGACAGCUGCCAGGGAAGUUGAUGAGGAGGCGCUGCGCCUUCUUGCUGCUGACGUCAUUGAAUCUGUCCUGUCACACAUCGCCCAAGAGGCAGCAGGAAGUUAUGCUGCUGCUGCUGCACCCUGGGUGCAAGCAAGCAGAAGCUCUCCACAGGCAGCAGCAGCAACCACAGCCACCGUUGCUGCCCCAGCUGGAUCUUCCAAACGCGCAGCAGCUGGGUCUUCACCGUCACUGACAUCUGGAGCAGCGCACGCAGCAGCAGCAGCAGCACCAGCAGCACCAGCAACAGGAAGCGUAAGAAGUCCGCUUGACAGCCCCGUAGCCGGGGAGGUGCUGCUGCAGGCGGCUGAGCUGCUGGAUCGGAUUAGCGCCACAAGCUUAUCUUCGCAGCAGCGGCCCCUGUUUGCAAAGCAGCUCCAGAUGCACCUGGAGGUGUCUCUGCUGCAGGCUCUUGAGGGCGGUGCAGCAGCAGCAGAGGACGCAGCAACUGCAGCUGCAGCAGCGGCAGCAGCGACGGCCACAAAGGGCCGAUCGAGUAGUUACAGCGGCGUGGCUGCGCCUGGGGGCAGCAGUGGCAAAGGCGCCUCCCCUAGCAGCGGUUCCAACAGCGGCUCCAGCAGCAGCUCUAGCAGCAGCAGCACCAGUUUAGAUUCCUUGAGUGCAGCAGACCUGCGUUUCCUUGCCUUCAGGCGUCUUCUGCCUCCGAGGGGUCUGGCUGCGUCUGAGUUGUUUGCAAUGUUAGCUGUGGGGCGGAGCGGCAUGAUAAUAUCUAGAAAGCUUCUGGCGUUGCACUGUCACGCCUUCCUAGAUAAGGCAGCAGCAGCUGCAGCCAGUAGCAGUAGCAGCAGCAGCGUUGGUAGCAGCGGGAGCAGCAGCAGCGGGAGCAGCAGCAGCAGCGGAAGCAGCAGUAGCAGCGGAUCUGGCGGCGGUGGUGGCAGCAAGAGCAGCAAGAGUUUGAGCAGCAGGAACUUAAGCAGCAGCCUAAAGGUAGCAGCAGUUGCAUGCAUGUGGCUGGUCCUAGGCCCGCGCCAUCUUUCGCGCUUGGGGGAGUCUCAGCAAGGCAGGCGGCUGUUUGAUUCUGUCUCGAGGCGGCUGAUUGAUAUCUGUUUGCUACAACUCCCUUCUGCACCUAACGCACCAUCUUCCUAUCCUUGUGUUCCUCUUCUUCUCGCAGGCGACCCUGCUGCCGGUGCUGCUGCUCCUGCAGCAGCAGCAGCAGCUGGAGGGGUCGAUGCGUUAGUGGCGUGGGCUGUUGCAGUGCUUCUUAAGUGGCUUUACUCUGUGAAGGUUACCCAGCUGACUUUGCCUCGGGUUGCUGGUCUCUCAGGGGCUCUUGCUUCUCUUGCUUCUCCUGCUAUCCUUGCUGCAGCCUAUCCAGCAGCAGCACCUGCUGCUGCGGCGGCAGCAGCGGCGGCGGCAGCAGCGUCGCAGGAUUCCUCUUCUGCGGCAGCACGGGCGGCAGGAUCUCCUGCACUGUCCAGCGUCCAAGAUGACGCUGCAGCGGAUGUAGAAGAAAUUGAGCGGAAAUCAGCAGCAUCGGCAUCAUCAGGUGCAGCAAUAGCAGCAUCAGCAGCAGCACCCAUGUGGGCGCAUGUGGCGGAAGGCAGGUCGCAUGCUGGACACCGUGUAGCGCCGUGGGGGUCAUCUUCAGCAGCAGCAGGAACGGGAGCAGCAGCAGCAGAAGCUGACAGCUCUCCACGUCGCGGCGGUGCAUCAGGUGUACGUCGCGGCGCAGGCAGCAGCAGCAGCAGCACGGAUUCCUGUUCUGUUGCCGAAUGGCUGACAGACCGUUGCGAGUCCGAGGUAGAAGAGGAGGAGUUGUAUGGAGAGGGUUCUCCUUCUCCUGUACACCGCAUGCAGGCAGAGCCGCAGCAGCAGCAGCAAGGUAGCACCCGGUCCGCCACCUCAGCCACCGCAGCCAGCAGCGGCAGUAGCGGUACCGCCACUAGCACAGGAAGUAGCAGCAGCAGUAGUAAUGCCAUCACCACCUCCACAAGCAGUAGCAGCAGCCGCCGUAGGGUCUUCAAGAAGGCGUCUCCCUAUGUUAUUGCUGAAGGAGCCAGCUGGCUUGUUAUAUACAAGCCCGCUUUCUGGCACUGCUCCGGUGUUAGCCGAUCUUCGAGUGUAUCCUCAGCCCGGCUUAACAGCGAAGAUAUCGAGCAGGCCCUGCAGCACAUCAGCUUAGAGGAGCUCGUCUCCAGCGGGAAGGUAGAAAGCUUCCAUCUCUACCUCAUGAAAAAGUAUCCACGUUUAGAGACGGUGCGCCGCUGGGAGGAGAUGGAAUGCGGAUUGUGCCAUCGCACGGACUUAGAAACUUCUGGCUCGCUCCUCAUUGCCAAGACGCGGAGAGCCAGAGAUAUUAUCUUUGAGCAGUUCCGACGUAGAUCGGUCCACAAGGAGUACUUGUUGCUGUGUCAUGGACGGUUGGCGGAGAAAUACGGCAAAAUAGACUACCCAAUAGCCACGAGGGACUUCGAUACCUGCAGAUCUAAAAGCCAUUUUUCUGCCGUUGUUGGCCCUCACGAGGGAGGAGAGGAGGCGCUCACGGAGUUCCGCCUUUUGAAAGUCUAUAAGCUAAAACGGCCUAACGAUCCCAAGAUAGUGUCUGCUAUUGCUGCAGCAACCAGAAUGGCUGCAGCGGCUUCAGCCCAGCAAAGGGGUUCCAGCUCCAAGGCCGCUAGCAGCAGCAGCAACAACAACAACAACAGCAGCAGCGGCAGCAGCAAAGAGUUUACCUAUAGCCAGGAAUUCAGCUUCUGUCGCGUCAAAAUCCAUACGGGAAGGACGCACCAGAUUCGAGUGCACUUCCAACACUUAGGGCACCCACUGGUUGGCGACUUGAAGUACUGUUACGGUGGCUUGGCAGCAGUAGAUCGCGUUUGGUGUGGGCGGAUGUUUUUGCAUUCAAGUUUGCUUAUUUUCAACUCCCCAGACAGCAAUGACAGCAAUAAACCGAUCACCGCUACCUCGCCUCUGGCACCGGAGCUCCAGCAGGCAUUGGACAACGAAUUGGUGUGUGUCGAGGACUUUACAACAAGUCGGGAUCGGGAUCGGGAGCGGGAACGUGGAGACGAGCCCCAAGGGGCAGAAGCUGAAUUCACUUCUGGUGAAUGCAGCCGCUCUGCUGCUGCUGCUCCUUCUGCUGCUGCGCCAAGCGGACCACCUAAGGACAGCUCGUCUGCUGCAGCAGCAACUGCAGCCGCUGCUCCUUCCUCGCCGAUAACACGCAGCGCACCGGCAUCGGCUUCCGGCACUUUUGCUGCUGUUGCAGCUUCUGCUGCUGCAGCAGAAUCUGGUGCACCAGCGGCAGCAAGAGGAGGGGCCACACAGGCGGCCAAGCCAAAAGGUGACUCUUCGCCAGCAGCAGCUACUGCUGCAGCUGCUGGUAAAAAGGGCAGCUCACCGAUGCAGGCAGUAGCAGCUGAGCCGCGUAAAGAUGAAACUGCAGAAGCAGCAGCAUCUCCUGCAGCAGGAGCUGCUGCAGUAGGACGAGGGGCCGGAGAGUCCUCCGUUCCCCGACGGCAAGGUUCAGCCAGUGCAGCAGCCGCAGGUCCGCAGACGUCUGCAGAAGAAAGUGAUCCUCAGACACAGCACCCGGAGCAGCAGAAGGAACGAGAGCCAUCUCCUUCUGAGUGGCCCAAACCGCCGCGGCGCUCAGCAUCAUUCUCUGUCAGUUUUACCGCUGCUGCUGGAGCAGCAGCAGCAGCAGCAGGUGCAGCAGGCGUAGCAGCAACGGCAGCAGAUCCUCGAGAUGGAGGUGGCCCCGAGAGGAAUUGGAGCUACCGGUCGUAUGCUGAGCAGCUGUUCUUGCACCUGGGCAGCAACGCAGUUGAUGGUGUUGCGAAUGGUGGUUAG